GUUAGAAGUUACUUAAAGCUGUAGUCUGUAACUUUUUGGCGCUCUGGCGGUUAUUAAACAGGAAUGGGUGCGUAUUGCGGAAGAACAUUGUAGCCGGAUCUACUUCUCUCUGUUUACGUCUGUGACGAAUCACGCAGGUAUCGGGCUACUCCGCAGCCUACCCGAAACAGCCUAAAUAGUCUGAAUAUAAACACUUAUUACAUGUGUGAUUCAGGACAAGCCAAAAACAAGAUGGCGUACUCAACACAAACGCUGGCUUCAGGCUGCUUUGGGAAAAUAUACAAGGAGAAGUUUGGAGACGCGUGGGCUGCUAUGAAGAGAGUUCCUAUAGGACUCAUCAGCAGACAGCAGCUGGAGAGGGAGUGCAAAGUAUAUCAUAAUGCUCGCCAUACAAAUGUGGUGAAGCUUCUCGGUGAUCCUUGGAUAAAAGACUCCAAGUGGAACAUUCCUUUGGAGUUCAUCUUUGGGGAAGAUCUUGAGACGACUAUCUUCAAAGUACAGCUUUCUAAAAUCCAGCUGACUCCAGCAGUGAAAGCCACGAUCAUCACUGGCAUGUGUGAAGGUUUGCUCUAUCUGCACAGUAAAGACAUCGUCCACCAAGACCUCAAACCUGACAACAUCAUGGUGGAGCAUCAGACCCAUCGCGCUGUGAUCAUUGAUCUAGGACUGGCUAAAUUCUUAAGAAAUGGACUCAGCUCUGCAGUGAACUUGGGCAAUGAAGCAUAUUCAGCUCCAGAGAUCCUGCAGAAUAACGGAAUUCGUGACAAACGCUCUGACGUUUGGGCCAUGGGGAAAAUCAUAGCUGAACUCUGCGCCAGGAUCAGGUUGCCCACCCAAUUUGUGUCCCCUGUCAAGAUCUGCGAAACUCUAAAAGACCAGCCAUACUGCAAUCCAGUGUGCAGGAUGGUGGAACCCAAUCCCAAUUACAGAAGUUCUAUGGCUGGAGUCAUCACAGACAUCAGGAGAGCUGCUUUAGCUCAACCAGCAGACUUUCGCCCAAAGGACGUCACGAGAGACUUGACGAGAGAUGUCACGGCGACACAUGGGAAUGACAUGAGGCAAAACCCAAAGUGGGGUCUGCCAGGACCGGUUCCGAAAGUGGAGGUAAAUAAGCCUCCUGUGUUAUAUUAUCGACAGGAUCCACCUCAGCAGAGAGAUCUGGGAAAGGCGAUGGUACCGGUUAGAGGGGACGCCUUAAAAAAGCAGCUGUCUCUCAUGUCAUUUCCUUGCCCUCUCCCAGAAACUGGAAAAGUGACUCAGCAACGCUACAUCGAGGAAAAAGGAGCUCUGGAAUAUAAAGAGAUCAUCACAAAGGAUGGGAAAAUCAUAAAAUAUGAGAAAGUGCAAAUAACCAAAGACUCUUUGUGAAUAGACUUUGUUUUGAAAAAUACCGUCAAGCGCUUUGAUUUUACUCAGGUUAAUGGUUUUUCUUUUUCCUUUUUCUUUUUUUAAAGAAAAACUAUCACGACUGUUUAUUAAACAGGUUUUUUUUUGUCAUUGCUGAUAGCCUUCGUUCAUUUUGUCUCAUUUGAAGUAUAAACCAUUAAAAUGUCAAAAAAAAAUCUGCUUUUCUGUCAUUAAUAAUGCGGCGUAUAUCGCGCAUUGAAAUGCGUUCAAAUUCAUUUCAACUUUAUAUAAUAACACACAUACAAAUGGAGGUUUCUCUGGACUAUUAUUUUGGCUCCCUCUGGUGGACUGGAUGAGUGAAGACCUGAAACGUUGUCGCCCUUGCUGCAUUUUGCAAAUGUAAAUGUAGCUUUGAAGUGUGUAUGUCUGUGUAUUUCCCCCAGUUUUGAUUUUUGUUUAGAAUAGUAGAAGAUAUUACAAUAGAACAGUAGAUACCACAGUUUGUAUUAUUAUUGCUGUAUCGGGGAGAUAAUGCAUGUUUAAAAAUCAAAUUAAAAAGACCACCGAGACAGGUUUACAAUUUGAGAAUUUGCAUUUGUGAAUAUAAAAUUUAAUAAAAAAAAAAAUUAUUUAUAAUAAAAA